GUGCGAUAGCGUCUUGGUCUCCCUCUAUAUAAACCUGUACCUGUUACCGUCAAGCACUGCUGGUUUAUUUCCAAUGAAGAUGUAUAUCUGUCUCCUGACACUGGUCCUGAUCCAUGCUGCUGCUGCAUUUGUGGCCCAAAAUGCUACAGGCAGACUAGCUGGGAAAGAUCAUUGUGUCUGUGAGGUGCUUCUACCAGACAGUUCCUUCCCUGCCAAACGGGUGGGAGCUCUGGAGGAUGAGACCGUGCGGCUGAGCAACAGAGUGGAAGAUGAAAUGCAGAAGUUAGACGAACAGGACAUCCGACUGGACACAUACUUGGAAAAGAUUAUAAACUUGACCAGUAGAGUGGAAUAUUUGGAGAAGUUGCGUCCUGAAGCCUUAAUGGAAGUCAACUUUGAAGUUUUGAAAAAGGAGAUCAAGGAAAUGGAAAUGUACAUCUCAGCAAUGAGGGUCAAACCAAAUGGAAACACCGUUGAAGUGGAAACUCUUUAUAAUGAGGUCAAGAAUAUGUCAAAGACUGUCGGACAACUAGAAACGCUUGACACGAACAAUGUUCUAAAAACCAAGAGAGAAAUGGAGAAUUUCAAGAAACGUCUUGUGGAUUGUGAAAAAGGUCUCAAACCGAAACCUCCAAUGAUGGUGCCCUUAGGUUCUUGUCAGCAUCAAGGCUUAGCCCGUAUUGGUAAACCCAACCUUCUGCAGCUCAACUGGAAAGGAAGUGCAUACAAGUCAGGAGCAUGGGGCAAAGAUGCAGCAUGGAACACCACCAAGAGGUCACUGUACUGGGUGGCUCCUCUAAAUGCUGAUGGACGAGUUCUUGAGUCUGUACGCAUUUACCCAUUCAUGUCCGACCUGCAGAUGUACAAGAAUUUCAUCGAUCUACCCCUCUCUGUACUUAUUAAAGGGAAAUGGAACCACACCUUUGCUGGCCAAGGUGCUGGAAUGGUUGUAUACAACAACAAUUUGUACUACAACUGCUACAACAGCCAUGAUAUGUGCAGAGUUAGUUUGACCAGUGGAGUCUACCAAAGAAAGCCUCUUCCUAACGCAUUGUUCAACAACCGCGUUUCUUACGCUGGCACUACAUACCAAGACUUUGACUUUGCUUCAGAUGAGAAGGGUCUCUGGGUUAUGUAUACCACUGAAAAAAGCGCUGGGAAAAUUGUGGUGGGUAAGGUCAAUGUUGCCACCUUGACUGUUGAUAUUAGCUGGACUACCACACAGCAAAAGUCUGGUGUAAGCAAUGCUUUCAUGAUCUGUGGAGUCCUCUAUGCCACUCGUUCACUUAACCCGAAGAUGGAAGAGGUCUUCUACAUGUUUGACACCAAAACAGGAAAAGAGGGUCAGCUAAGUAUUGUAAUGGAAAAGAUGGCCGAGAAAGUGCAAAGUCUUAGUUACAAUUCAAAUGAACGCAAGAUUUACAUGUACAGUGAAGGCUACCUGUUACAUUAUGAUGUUGCUAUGAAGCCUUGAGGUUUCUUGCCCCUGUACAUUGUCUCUUAUUAGGGCUUUUAUAUUCUUACUACUGUCUGUCCCUUUUGACUACCUGGCCUAAAUACCUAUCACUGCUCAGAAAAACAUCAGAAUAGAUUGCAGCAUUUAAGAUGUAUACUCUGCAUAUUUUCUUCUAAUAUACACAAUGUGUUCUGUAUCACUUUUAAGACCAUUUUACAUAAAUUUGUC